AUGAACACUCUUCUAAAAAUUUUAAAACUCCCCGUUAUUGAAGUCCUUUUCUUCAAAAAAGCUAGUUCAAAUGUUGUUCAAUUCUUCAUAACCAAACUUAUCCAAUUCAUCCUGACCAAGUAUAAAGUUAUCAAAUUGAAAUAACAGCUUUCAAAUGCACAGUCUUUUGAAGAAUGGAUGAUGCUGGCUUAAUCUUUAGAUCAACUAGAGGAAAAAGAUAAAUGGAAGAAAAACCCAGUUUCUAGUCUCUAUGAUUAUUAGAGAAUCGACAUGAGAUAUAGAAAUAUGAAACAAAUGAGAGAAAAUUAGGAUAUUCGUGGUUUGGUCUAGUGCUUAAGACAAGACCUUUUGAAGAACUUGGGAGGAAUAGCCUCUCCUGAUCUGUACAACUAAUGUCAUAUCGGAACCAAAAUGCUGAUCGAAAAAUAUCAUAACGAAGUCAUAGAAUGUGGAGCAACUUUUGGCAGAUUUCAUAUUGGAGUUAUAAGGGCAUUAUAUGAUUAGGAUUUAUUGCCAAGAAUAAUAUGUGGAUCAUCAGUUGGAAGUAUUAUUGGUUCUUUUAUUUGCUCAUAGAAAUACGAAGACUUGCCUAAGAUUCUUGAAAUGGAUUAAUACCUUGAUAAUCCACUUUUGAAAUGGAAAACUGAAUCAAUUAGGGAAAUAUUUUUGAGCUUUCUCUAAGGAAAGUCUAUCUUAGAUACUUUGCAUUUAAAAAGGGUGGUAAAAGAUGUUCUAGGAGAUCUAACCUUCAAAGAAAUCCAUGAUAUCAAUAAGUGGAACCUGAAUAUAACGGUAACUGAUGCUAGUAAGACUGAUGAAUCAAGACUACUUAAUUACCUAACAUCUCCAAAUGUGAUUGUAUGGUCAGCUGUACUUGCAUCGAGUGCGAUCCCAGGCUUUUUCGAUCCUAUUGAAUUAAUGGUUAAAUCUGAAGUGACUGGUGAGAUUAGACCAUAUCAUCCAGGAGUAACACCAACAUAUUAUGUUGAUGGAUCUAUCGGUAGGGAUUUACCUAUGUAAAGAAUGAGUGAACUAUUCAAUGUCAAUACAUUUAUUGUGUCUCAAGUCAAUCCCCAUGUUGUCCCGUUUGUAGCUCAUGAUGGUGGUGGAAUUCUAGACUCUAAAAUCAGAAGGUAAUUUACUGUUACACUUAAAGCUAUGAUUGGCAAUGAAAUCAGGCAUAUUCUUGACUAGCUAUAUACAAUCGGUGCGAUGCCACCAGCUAUUUAAAGAAUGACGAAUAUUGUCUUCCAAUCUUAUAAGGGUCACGUUACUAUAGUACCAUAAACAAGGUUUAGAGAUUACAAAAAUAUUCUUAUCAAUCCUAAUAAAGAUGACUAUGAAUUAGCUAUCUAGUAGUCUUACAAUAGCACACUUCAAAAAAUCUCUUUGGUAAGAGCUGUAUAUGGAGUUGAAAGAGAAUUUGAUAGAUACUAUAUGAGACUCAAAUAAAUGCUUAAAAAUGGUACAAGCAGCUUUGUUAAUGAUAAAAAUAUGAUUGAUUAUGCAGUAAAGAGAACAUUUAACAGAGAGAAUGCUUGGGAUCCCUAGGAUCAUGAGUUUGAAUAAGUUGAAUCUGGUCACAACGAUUUGAUUUGCUAUAUCUCAAAGAAGCAUAGGAAUACAAUAGAUGUCGGUAUGAUGAUGUAGGUACUGGGUAGUCAUAAUGAUCCAAAUUAGUAUAAAGAAGAUUUGCUUUAGGAAGAUAUUUAAAUUGAUGACAAUAUCAAGAAGUAUUAUUACUAUGGAGGUAUUCAGAACAAAAAGGAUUCUAAACCUUAAAUCAAUAAGACAUUCAAGAGGAUUGAUUCAAUAGCAACCAUUAUGAGUGCUCAUAGUUAAGAAUUUUUUGGUUCAGAAGCUGAUCAAGAAGAUUAACUCAUGAUGGAAUAAGCAAAUGCCAAAGAAGUAUAAUAAUAGAUUAAUCAAGCAACAAACAGCAAUUAUGACUAAAAUGAUAGAUUACUUAAAGGUAGGAAAGUAUCAUUUGAUUUAGGUAAUAGUAUUUAAACAAAAGAAAACUUGCAAAAGAAGCUGUUUGGAAUAAGAAAAAAUGACUCUUUAUUCCUUUUAGAUAGAGAAAUUCUUCAUUGA